CCGGUUGUGUUGAUGUUGACACUAGGCCGGGGCCGAGCGCAAAGGGCCCGCCGCGGAAGCCGGGAAGGGCCAAAAACCUUCCAUAGACCCCAGGAACGGGGGAGGGUUGCGGGGAGGGGGCGUUGGUUGCUUGCUUGCUUGCUGCCUUCCUUAUCGGUCUGCUUUAGGCUAAUUGCCCUGCUGUCUUGCACCCCCCCCCGGGCCGCCGCGGGGGUUGGGGAAUACGACGGAGACUGGGGUCUCGGGGAGCGCUUCCCCCCCUUAUCCAGUUCUGCGCCCCUCCCCCUCCUUGGGGAGGGAGGCGUUCCUUAGCCCUUUCAGCCGGAUCCCCCAGGGGGGUGCCCCCUUAGCCUCGUACAUCCGGGUUCUGCUCCCCCCUUAGCCCCUGACAUCAGGGGACCCCCCCCUUAGCCCCCUCCAUCCGGGUCUCUCGGCCCCCGAGCUCUGAGUCCUUCCCUUCUCUAGUCACCCCCUGACAUCCGGGGAUCUCCCCUUAGCCCCUGACAUCCGGGUCCUUCCGCUCCGCUCACCUCUGGCAUCCGGGGAUCCCCCCUUAGCCCCCUACAUCCGGGUCUCCCCCCCAUUAACCCCUUCUCCCGGCUCCCCUUAGCUUUUCCAUCCGGGUCCUUGCCCCCCUGUAGCCCUUAGCCCCCUACAUCCGGGUCCUCCCCCCCCUCCCCCACCCCACCCCCCUUCCCAGCCCAGCGGCGGCAGCGGGCGGGCCAUGACGAUCCUCCCCAAGAAGAAGCCGGGGGGCGACGCCGACCCUCCAGGCUCCCGCGUGGGGGGGGCAGGAGACCCCCGCGUUGGGGGGCCCCCCAGCCCGGACCCCCGCGUGGGGGCGGGAGGGGGAGCGGCAGGCAGCUCCGGGGUGGGGGGGGGCAGUGACCCCCGGCCGGGAGGGAGCCCGGACCCCCGCGUGGGCUCGGCAGGGGGCGGGGCCUCCCCUCCCCCCCCAGCCCCUCCCCCGCCCCGCUGCUGGGGGGCACCGUCCCCUCCCCCCACCACCGGCGCCCCCGAGGCCAAGGCCGGGUUGGGUCUGGAUGACCCCCGGGCGGGCGGCGGAGGCGUGGGGGGCGGAUGCUGCGCGGGGCCCGGCCACAGUAAGAGGCGGCGGCGGGGGGGCUUGGGCUUGGCUUACGGGCCCGGCGGCGCCUCCGGGGGGGGAUCUGGGCCAGCAGGGCUGGGCCUGGGCCUGGGGCUAGGGUUAGGGCUAGGGCUGGGGGCCGGCGAUGGGGAUGAGGCAGGCGGCGGCUACAACAGUGAGGACGAGUACGACCCUCCCCGCGGCGGGGGGGGGGCCGGGGGCGGCCCCCCAGGGGACAGCGGGGAUCCAGCUGCGGCUGAGCAGCAGGAGCACAGGUUUGAGAAGGCAUUGAGAGAAAAGAAAGGCUUCAUUAUCAAGCAGAUGAAGGAAGAUGGGGCCUGUCUCUUCCGGGCUGUGGCCGACCAGGUAUAUGGUGACCAGGACAUGCAUGAGGUGGUCCGGAAACACUGCAUGGACUACUUGAUGAAGAAUGCUGACUACUUCUCUAACUACGUGACUGAGGAUUUCACCACCUACAUCAACCGCAAGCGGAAAAGCAAUUGCCAUGGCAACCACAUUGAGAUGCAGGCCAUGGCUGAGAUGUACAACCGCCCUGUGGAGGUCUACCAGUAUGGCACAGAGCCCAUCAACACGUUCCAUGGGAUCCAGCAGAACGAGGAUGAGCCAAUCCGUGUGAGCUACCACCGCAACGUGCACUACAACUCCGUUGUCAACCCCAACAAAGCCACCAUUGGUGUUGGCCUUGGCCUGCCUGCCUACAAGCCCGGGUAUGCAGAGCAGUCGCUUAUGAAGAAUGCCAUCAAGACGUCAGAGGAGUCAUGGAUUGAGCAGCAGAUGCUGGAGGACAAGAAGCGGGCAACUGACUGGGAGGCCACCAAUGAGGCCAUUGAGGAGCAGGUGGCUCGUGAGUCCUACCUGCAGUGGCUGCGCGACCAGGAGAAGCAGGCGCGCCAGCCACGCAAGGCCAGUGCCACCUGCAGCUCAGCCACGGCAGCAGCAGCAGGGGGCCCUGAGGAGUGGAGCGGGCGCUCACCUCGGCAGCGCAGUGCCGCCCCCUCCCCCGAGCACCCAGGGCUGCACACUGAGCUUGUGCCCCCUUCUGGCAAGCCCCCCUCACCUGGUACCGGUCCCCCUAAACCACCCUCUCCCUGCGCUCCAGGUACCAGCAGUCAGCUGGCAGCUGCAGGGGGCCGCACUACCCCCCCGCUGGUAUCCCUGUACCCUGCACUGGAGUGCCGUGCCAUCAUGCAGCAGAUGUCCCCCACUGCCUUCGGCCUUCAUGAUUGGGAAGACGAUGAGAUCCUGGCAUCAGUGCUGGCCGUGUCACAGCAGGAGUACCUGGAGACCAUCAAGAAGAGCACCCUGCACAGAGACAGCCCUGCUGACAAGAGCUGAUGCCCCUAGACUGCCCCCUCCCCCCUUCCACUGCCACCUGCACCCCUUCUUCUCCCCCUGCUCCCUUCCCUCUCCCCCAGAGACUGGAGCUGUCGCUGCAUGUUGGGAAGAGAAUUAUCCUGGAUAAAGAGAAACAAAGACCCCCCCCCACCCCCACCCCCCAUGAGCGCCACAAAGGAAAGAGAAACCCACCGUG